AAUUGAAUUAGGCAAUAGGGAGUUUGACAUGAGAGAGAGAGAGUAUUGAAGAAACAAAGCAAUAGGGUUGAUUAAGAGUGAAGAGAAAAAGGGGCACAGCGGUGGCAGCGGCGGAGGAGGAGCAGAAGUGAGAGUGAACCGGGACGCCGAGCACCGCCGCUGGUGCUUCAACAAAUUCAAUUCCAAAACACUGUUGCAUGUUGAUUCUUUAUCGUGCUCUAAAACCAACUUUCAUUAAUUCUCUCUGCUGCUACUCACGAUUUAUCUCUCCAAUGACAGAUACCAAUUUCAAACCUUUGUGUACCCUUACUCCCAAUGUUGAACCCUCCACCAUAGAUUCCUCCAACCACACAGCUUCACCUACACGUGUUCAAUCCACUCCGGAGAUCGAAAAGAAGUAUGUCCACCGUGUGUAUGAUGCAAUUGCUCCUCAUUUCAGUUCAACCCGAUUCGCUAAAUGGCCAAAGGUUGCUGCUUUUCUAUCAUCUUUGGCUUCUGGAUCCCUUGUUCUUGAUGCUGGAUGCGGCAAUGGCAAAUACCUUGGUUUGAAUCCUGAUUGUUUUUUUAUAGGCUGUGAUAUAAGUUCUUCAUUGAUUAAGAUCUGUUCUGAUAGAGGACAUGAAGUUCUGGUUGCAGAUGCUGUGAAUCUUCCUUAUAGAACCGGUUUCGGUGAUGCUGCGAUUUCCAUAGCUGUGUUGCAUCAUUUAAGCACUGAAUAUAGGAGGAUAAGAGCAAUAGAGGAGUUGGUUAGAGUAGUUAAGAAGGGUGGUUAUGUUCUGAUUACAGUUUGGGCCAAAGAACAAGAGCAUAGAUCAUUGAUUAGCAAAUGGACACCGCUUCCGGAGAAAUAUGUUGAAGAAGAGUGGAUAGGACCGGGUAGUCCUCGUGCUCGGCCGGCUGCUUCGCCAUUGCCUUUAACAAGUAUUCCAGAAAAUGAGGAGAGCAGCUCGGGUCAGGACAAGAAAGAUUGUGAUGAUGGGUUGAAAUUAUUGAGAGAUUUGAAGGUAGAGGACAAUGUAGAGAAUCAGCAGGAGUAUUUUGUUCCUUGGCAUUUGCCUUAUCAUCGCGCCGAAAUUAGUGGCGCUUCUGCUCAGGCUCUUGCUAGUGGUCUUGCAACUAGAGAUGACAAAAAGGGUGCUGUGGUGUAUAAUAGAUAUUAUCAUGUUUUCAGUGAAGGCGAGCUUGAAAGCUUGACUACUGGAAUAAACAAUGUUAGAGUAGUUGAUAAGUUUUUUGACAAGUCCAACUGGUGUAUUAUUCUUGAGAAGAUUUCAUGAAUAGUAAAGAAACCUAGCUGAUAUGUAAAAACAAAACUUGGUUGCUGCCAACCUCAGACAUAUCCUGCGCAUGAUCGAGAUCAGGCUGCAUUCUCCAAGCAACCCCUUGCCCUUGUUUUUAAUGUUCUUUCUCUUUGAUUUCCCUAUGCCCAAUUUUGAUUGUGACAAUAGGGCAUGAAGGACAACUAUUUUGUGCAUGUUGGGUUGUCGCCAUUAUUGCUGGUACCUUGUAUGUGCUAAAAGUGCUGAACAUCUUUUAGCACAAUAGAGCAGUUACAAUGAUUUUAUUUACCCAGCAAUUUAUUUGAUGGUUGGAGAUUGUCAUGGGUUGAACUUAUUCAAUCAUUUCAACAGUAUUCGUGCUUUCUUUGUCGGCGACCCCAGGUGAUUAUAGCAUCAGCAGCUACCUGAGACUCAGAGAGGAUCUUUGGUUCAGUGAUGGAACAGAGUCCUUUUUAUUGUUAAGUGGCCACUGGCCACUGUCUACUUUGGAAGAUGAUGCGAGUAAUUUAAUACAUGAAAAUUUGUCUAAUGCUGGAUUUGGUAUAGCAGGAACCGAAUUUCCUGUAAGGAUCUUAUAAGUUAUUUACUCAUGCUUUGUGGUUAA